AUGGAGAGCCCGCUGUACCCCCCGGCGGGGAUAUACAACACCCCUUCACCAUCCACGGCAGGAGGAAGCAUGGCCACCAGCGCCAAACCCCUGGCGUUCUCCAUCGAGCGGAUUAUGGCCCGGACGCCGGAACCCAGGUCGAUGCUUUCUCUCCCGAGCUCUGUGCAGCACAGUGCGGCGCGAAAGACCGACACGCGGCUGUCACUCGCUGUGCCUCCGUCCCCGCUGCACUGCGUGCUGCCGCUCGUCCCGCUCGCCUACGAGCCCGCGCACAAACUGCACAGACUGGAGUCGAGCCGCAGUGAGCCCGAGUUCCCCUACAGCGCCAGGGACCUUAUCAGCAUCAGCGCCAAGGGCGAGCAGCGGGACGCAGCGCCGGCGGUUGGACAGUACAAACUUUUCCGGCCGCGGGUACUUUCGCACUCGUCCGUGCACACCGCCGCGACCGCCGUGUGCUACGUGAACUGUGGUGAGAGCGCAUGCGCGCCUCCGCCCGCCGCCCUGCUCAACCUGCACCCGGUGGCCUCGUACCUGCUGAACAGCCCGUUACACUCUCGCCACAAAAGCCUUCUGGCGGAAAAAAGCCGAGGCGCGCACGGCCUGGAGUCUUACCCCGGAGCGCUGGCGCUGAAGGAGCUCUCUCACUCCCAGCUGCAGCACUACAUGAAGGAAAGCGCGCACAUCCUGUCGGAGAAACUGUUCAAGAGCUCCGCCAAGUUCCACAGCGGCUCUCCUCCUGCCGCCAAAGCCAAAGUGUUCACUUGUGAAGUGUGCGGCAAGGUGUUCAACGCGCACUAUAAUUUAACCCGCCACAUGCCCGUGCACACGGGAGCCAGACCGUUCGUGUGCAAAGUGUGCGGCAAAGGAUUUCGCCAAGCGAGCACACUCUGUCGCCACAAAAUUAUUCAUACUCAGGAAAAGCCGCAUAAAUGCCAUCAGUGCGGGAAAGCGUUUAACCGGAGCUCCACUCUGAACACGCACGCGCGCAUCCACGCCGGAUACAAACCUUUUGUGUGUGAAUUCUGUGGAAAGGGAUUCCACCAAAAAGGCAAUUACAAAAAUCAUAAAUUGACCCACAGCGGCGAGAAACAGUUCAAGUGCAAUAUCUGCAACAAAGCCUUCCACCAGGUAUACAACCUGACUUUCCACAUGCACACGCACAACGACAAGAAGCCCUUCACCUGUCCCACAUGCGGUAAAGGCUUCUGCAGGAACUUCGACCUGAAGAAGCACAUACGGAAACUCCACGACGCUUCACCGGACCCGCACUCACCGGGAACCCCGACAGAGCAGCGCGAAGCCCAGUGA